GGGAACACAGUCUUCGUGCUUCCCCGGCGUCGAAGUAAAAAAAAAAUGAUGUAUCGUCACGCUUCAUUGAUUCAAUAUUACAGGCUUUCAUCAUCUCCAUAUCGUCUCCCCGUCUCUCCCUUCAAGGCUUUUCAUUCUUCUCCGCUCACUUCUUCGUCUUCCUCCUUAUCUUAUUCUUCUUCUACUACUACUGCUACUUCCACUUCUUCUUCAGUGGGGGUUUUGUUUUGGAUAAAACCGUUGAAACAUCACCGUAGACGAACCAGGGCUUUUGGAACAACUGCUGCUGCUGCUAUUGAAGAUGGAAGGCAAAGCGACAGCUUCUUUGCUGAGGAAGGUGUCUCCUGGAAAUCUAUUGGUAUUUCCGACCAGCUUUCACGAGCCCUCUCAAAUGCUGGCCUCCAGAAGCCCUCCCUCGUUCAGGCUGCUUGUAUACCAUGUGUGUUCUCAGGAAAGGACGUGGUGGUUGCUGCAGAGACUGGUAGUGGUAAAACACAUGGAUACUUGGUUCCCCUGAUGGAUAAGUUACGCAGUACACUUGAUUCUACUGGGAAUAGUGACGGUGAUCAAACGUCAAAUCAAACCCAUGGGCUUUCUCUUGUUCUUUGCCCUAAUGUGACGCUAUGUGAGCAAGUGGUUCGCAUGGCUAACUGUCUUCGUGAUGAUAAUGGUGAGCUGCUUCUGAGAGUCGCAGCUAUCUGUGGACGGCAGGGGUGGCCAGUUGCACAACCACAUAUCCUUGUUUCAACACCAGCUGCUCUUCUAAAUUAUCUUUAUGCAAUUGACCCCGAAAAACACCGCCGUUCUGACUUUAUACGCCGUGUGAAAUAUGUGGUGUUUGAUGAAGCAGAUAUGCUGCUCUGUGGAAGCUUUCAGAAUCAAGUCAUCCGUCUCAUAAACAUGCUCCGGUUUGAAGAAAAGCUUGUGUCUCAGAUAAAAGGUUAUCUACGUAAGAAUCCACGGGAAUUAAAUGCUGAAUCACAAGUGAAUUCUGAACCGGAAGACAUUGAAGGGCUGCAACCUGACUUUGUUCAUGAAGACGAGGAAGAUACAGAUGCUGAAGAUGGUGCUGAGUGUCUAACGGUGGACACUGAAGCUGCACCCAGCCGGGGAAAAGACUGGAGGAGGGUUAGAAAAAUUUAUGAACGCAGUAAGCAGUACAUUUUUGUUGCAGCUACGCUUCCAGUAAACGGUAAGAAGACUGCUGGUGGAGUGUUGAAACGAAUGUUUCCUGAUGCCAGUUGGGUUAGUGGAACCUAUCUUCAUUGUCACAAUCCCAGAUUAGAACAGAGGUGGACUAAAGUUACAGUUGAAACACAGGUGGAUGUGCUUAUAGAUGCUGUGAAACAGGGUUUUAAGUCUGAAGCUUUGGGUUCUGAUGCUGGUGUAAAUCGGACCAUGGUGUUUGCAAAUACUGUUGAUGCUGUUGAAUCCAUAGCUAAGAUAUUGCGUCAAGUUGGAGUUGAAUGCGUUUGUUAUCAUAGAAACAGCUCUUUGGAGGACCGUACAAAAAAUUUGAAUGAUUUUCUGGAGAGAGGUGGUGUGCUUGUUUGCACUGAUGCUGCUGCACGUGGUAUUGACAUACCGAAUGUUUCUCAUGUUGUUCAGGCGGAAUUUGCAACUUCUGCUGUAGAUUUCUUGCAUAGGAUUGGUCGUACAGCAAGAGCUGGUCUAUCUGGAGUUGUCACGAGUUUGUACACGGAUUCCAACCAGGAUCUUGUUGCAGCAGUACGUCAAGCAGGGAAGCUGGAUCAGCCUGUGGAGAAGGCAUUCAGCAGAAAAAGGGGCUUCCGCAACAAGCUUAAGAAAGGCUUGAUGAGUGUCAGAGAUGUGCCAAGUGUUGGAGACAAGGUUCUAGCAUAAUACGAG